AUGCGAAAUCUCAAGAAAAAGUUACAGAAGAAAAAGUUAGAGUACUUGACUGAUCAAGAGAAUGACAUAUAUACCGAAAUUUGCAAUGCAGAGCGCCAGCCAUGGAAAAGACGAAAGAAAGAAGUUGAAGUUUGGCUCACAGAUGUGCAACGGUUUAAAGACGAUGUGCAAAGGCUUGAGCAAGAAGUAGUUGGAGAAACGAAUGUCUUCUCGCAUAUGCGGUUGGGAAAGGAUAUCGUCAAGAAGAUUCAAGAGGUGUCAGAACUCCAGAAUACGGGCAGAGAUUUUAAUGGUUUGCUUAUUGAUGAACUUCCAACUGGUAGACUGUUGAUAGCACCAACGAAAGAUUUUGUUGAAUCCACGAAGUCAUGGAACGUGGAAAGAGUUUGGGCAUGCUUGAUGACUGAUGACGUUAGACAGAUUGGCGUUUAUGGAAUGGGGGGCAUUGGCAAAACAAUCAUCAUGAAGCACAUUCACAAUCAGCUCUUGGAAGAAAAAGGCAAGUUUGAUAUUGUUUAUUGGGUCACCGUAUCUAAGGCAUUCAAUAUUACAAAGCUACAGAGUGACAUAGCUACGGUUCUGAAUCUUAGUCUUAGGGAGGAUGAGGAAGUCACAAGAAGAGCAUCGCAAUUAUAUGCAGCGCUCUCCCGACAGAAAAGGUACGUCCUUAUCUUGGAUGAUCUAUGGGAGCCAUUUGCUCUGGAGAGGGUGGGUAUUCCAGAACCGAUGAGAUCUAACGGGUGUAAACUUGUGCUAACUACACGAUCGUUAGAAGUGUGCAGAAGGAUGGAGUGCACACCUGUAAAAGUGGAUCUUCUCACAGAGGAGGAAGCGCUAACUUUAUUUCUCAGCAAGGCUGUUGGAAAUGAGACCGUGCUUGCUCCGGAAGCCGAAGAAAUUGCAGCUAAAAUUGCCAAACAAUGUAAGCGUCUGCCGCUUGCAAUUGUUACUGUAAGGUCCAUAUUUCAUGGUCUCUCUUAUUUGGCAAUUUCACGACAAAACACAUAUUGGCGUGUAUCUCAUUUAUCAAGUUUGAUCACCCAAAAUUCACCGUCAAUGGUGGGGGAUGCUAAAGCACUGAUCGACAUGGUUAAUGGGCAUUCAGUCAUAUACCAAGAGGUUGAUGUUUCAGUCUAUGAUAUUCGAGCAAUGUGCAACGAGUUUGGAUCGAUUUUGUUCCAGUUUAUUCUCGGCGCAACGGGGAUAAUAUUGCCCAUGAGUAAGGGAAGAGGGGCAUGGGGAUGGGGAACGGUCCUUUUGAUGUUUGAAACUAAAUUUGCAAUUUGGGUUGAUCAAUUCUCCUAUUGUUUACCGACCAAUAAAGUAAGAGGAGCAAAAUUCAUCACUUGUUGCUUCCUUGACUCUACAACUCUUCCUUCCUUCGUUUUUCCAACUAAUUUACAUUUCCCCAUCUCCUCCUUUCAAACACAUCGUGAAGUCAAUCUAAGUUGCUACCGUCAUCUCCUCCAGCACAAUUUAACUGCAUCUGUUGUUAUUUCGCCACAAAGAACUGAAAAAAUGAUGGAAUCCGUGGUUUCAAUGUUCGAAAUUGUGAAGAAUAUUGGAGGUUGGGUUGGAUACCUCAAUGGCCUUGAAGGAAACAUGCAAAAUCUCAAGACACAAAUAGAGUACUUGAGUGCUCAAAAGAGUGACAUGGAGGCAGAAAUUAGUAGUACUGAAGACAGGCCACGUAAAAGACCGAAGAAAGAAGUCGAAGUUUGGCUCAGAGAUGUGCCACGGUUGAAGAACGAUGUGCAAAGACUUGAGCAAGAAGUUGGAGAAGGGAGUGUCUUCUCGCGUCUCUGGUUAGGAAAUCAUAUCAGCGCGAAGAUUCAAGAGGCGACAAAACUCCAAGAAAAGGGCAAAGCUUUCGACGGUUUGCAGGUCGAUGAACCAAUUGGUCAACUGUUGAUGCCACCAACAGAAGAUUUUGUUGAAAUCACAGAGGCAAGGAAUGUGGAGCGAGUUUGGGAAUGCUUGAUGAAUGAUGAGGAUAGACGGGUUGGCGUUUGGGGAAUGGGGGGCGUUGGCAAAACAACCAUCAUGAAAUACAUUCACAACAAGCUCUUGGAAGAAACAGAUGAGUUUGAUAGUGUUUUCUGGGUCACAGUAUCUAAAGAAUUCAACGUUAGAGAGUUACAGAGGGAAAUAGCUAAGGAGCUAAAAGUAAGGAUUUCAGAUGACGGGGAUGUGACAAGAGCAGCGGAAUUAUAUGCAGUGCUCUCCCGACGGGAGAGGUACGUCCUUAUCUUAGAUGAUCUAUGGGAGGCAUUUCCUCUGGGGACGGUGGGUAUUCCGGAACCAACCAGAUCUAAGGGGUGUAAACUAGUGCUAACUACACGAUCGUUCGAAGUGUGUAGAAGGAUGGGAUGCACACCUGUUCAAGUGGAGCUUCUCACGGAGGAAGAAGCACUAAUGCUCUUUCUCAGAAAGGCCAUUGGAAAUGACACGGUGCUUGCUCCAAUAGUGGAAGAAAUUGCAACUCAAAUUGCCAAAGAAUGUGCACGUCUGCCGCUUGCAAUUGCUAUAGUAGGUGGAAGUUUGCGGGGAUUGAAAGGAAUCCGUGAGUGGAGAAAUGCAUUAAAUGAAUUAAUCAGCUCGACAAAAGAGGUCAACGAUGGUGAAAGGAAGGUUUUUGAGCGACUGAAAUUUAGUUAUAGUCGCCUAGGAGAUGAAGUGCUCCAAAAUUGCUUCUUGUAUUGUUCCUUGUAUCCUGAAGACCAUGAAAUCCCUGUGGAAGAGCUGAUAGAGUAUUGGAUUGCUGAGGGAUUAAUCGGUGAUAUGGACAGUGUAGAAGCACAGUUGGACAAGGGUCACGCUAUAUUGGGAAAACUAACAAGUAGCUGCAUAUUGGAGAGCGUUACUGCGAUAAACGAACAAAAAUGUGUUAGGAUGCAUGAUUUGAUCAGAGAUAUGGCUCUAAGAAUAGCAACAAAUAGACCUCGAUUCAUGGUAAAAGCUGGUGAGAGACUACAAAGCAUACCAUACGAAGUCUGGUGUGAGGAUCUUGACAAGGCUUCCUUCAUGCACUGUCACAUAAGUGAACUUCCAAUUAGACCUCCUGUUUGUCCUCGGCUUACCACCUUACUUUUGCGUGACAUUGACACAGAUAUUCCUGUGAUAUUUCCUAAUGCUUUCUUCAUCAAUAUGCCUUGUCUCACGGUGUUGGAUUUGUCCAGAUGCGGAAUAGAAAAGCUGCCAAAGUCCAUCUCCAACUUGGAGAAUUUGCAUACUCUAUUACUAGAGAAUUGUGCUCAAUUAGCGGAUGUGCCAUCACUGAAGAAACUGAAGGCUCUGAAAGCGUUUAAACUGACUCGUAGCUUGAUUGAAGAAUUGCCCAAAGGUAUAGAAGAAUUGAUUAAUCUUAGAAAACUCGACCUCUCAAAUAAUAUUUUUCUAAGGCCUUUUCCUAGCAGGAAGUUACGCAGGCUCUCAAAACUCCAAUUCCUUAGAACUGAUGGCACAGAAAUACAAGUGUCAGUAGAAGAUCUCCUGUGCUUGAAGCAAUUAAAAGUUGUCGCUGUCAAUUUUCACAAUUUACAAGAGCUUAACAGGUAUGUGAGAUCUCAACCGUUCCAAGGGAUGGAGAAGUAUCGUCUUAUCGUGGGAAAAGAUUGUCUGAUCAUAUUUGAUCUACGAAAAGAGGUUGGUAUCAGUCCCGCCGAAUCUGUACCUUUUGGAAGCGUAGUAGAUGAUCUAGUGUUCCCUGCCGACAUAAAUUACUUUCAGCUUGAAUGGGUCCAUGAUCUUGUUAGCUUAUCAGCUAUUCCAUGUUGGAAUGGUGCCAGAGAUUUACGUGAAUGUAUGGUCAGGCAGUGUAACGGGUUAGAAUGCAUUUUUUCUGAAGAUGGCCAGAUCUCUCUAGGAACCGUCGAGUCAUUGACUUUGGCAGAAUUACCCAGAUUUAGGGUACUCUUCGACAGGAUUGCCCCACCACAUAACAUUUACUCUAACUUGAAAGACUUGACGUUCGAGGGUUGUCCCACUGUGAAGAAUAUUUUUCCUGUCCAAUUUUUGCAGAACUUCCCAAACCUCGAGAGUCUUGCGGCACGGAGGUGUGAUAAUUUGGAGGAUAUCAUAAGCGAAACAGCAGAGAUGAGUGAUUGGGGCAAUCAUGAAGAUGAUAGCAACUCUAUCCGUCUCCCAAAACUCAAGACAUUACGUCUAGCUGACCUACGUAGUCUGAAGAGCAUAUAUAAUGGCAUGAUGGUGUGUCAUUCUAUAGAAGUAGUGAAGGUGAGAGAAUGUCCGAUGGUAAGGAGACUGCCUCUUUCUCUGCCUAUGGAUAGCGAGCAAGCAACAGCACCGCCUUCUCUCAAGGUCAUUCAGGGAGAAGACGAAUGGUGGGAGUCUUUGGUCUGGGAUGAUCCCCUCGCCAAACAAAUUCUUCAGCGUUUUCAGCGACAUACAGGUAAAUAUCAUUGUGUGGUAUCUGAUUUGAAAUAUCAUAUUAGUGUGUGUGGGCCACACAUGGAGACGAUCGGUGGUAGUGAUGGUGGUGAUCGUGGGGCGGUGACGGAGAGAGAGGACUGUGAGUUUUUGUUUUUGAAGAAGGCGAGGAGGUUAGUUGAGAGAAUUGAAUCAUGGAUUGGCCAUAUUAAUUUUGCUCCUACUGUGCACGUAAAUGUUGGAUUUGAAAUUGCUGAAAGCAAAUACAAUUUAUAUGGCACAUGUCUUGGUGGGCCAAACCCAAUUGUUUUUACUCAGCUGGACUAA